GGGUAACUGGAGCAUGCUGUAUACCUACCACCACUAUCGACUGCGCACUAUACCCCUAUAUACAGUCUACCUGUCGCCAUUUUAGAAAUUUAGGAAAAUGAUUUUACUCUUCAUCAAAUUUCAUAUGUAGUGAGGAUUAAGGAUUUGUGACUUAUUGACUGGUUCUGUGCAUAAGAUCCAUAAUGGAGAAGUUCCGUGGUAUCCCUUUUAUGGUUUUGCCUCGAAAAGAACAGAACCGUUUGGCAAACCAACUGGACCAGACGGAUUGUACAGGCAAAGACUACAUUGUCUUUGCUCAAACUCUGGAAAAGAUGUGUGCCUAUCAGCUAGGUGUUGUGGAAUUCCAUGCUUUAAGGGUGAUGCAAACCAAAACAAUUGGUCCCACCCUGACGUUGUUUGACCAUUACUAUGUCCACAAUCCUAAGAUCACUCUGGACUUAGUGUACAGGGUCCUACAGGAAAUGGGCCUGGAUGACUGCACGGCUGUGCUGGACGAAGCCUAUGAAGAUAUCAAAAAAAGACAUGAGUCAGGACGUUGCCAACCUUUCAAUGAGGACAGACAAUUGAAUGUACACAGAUGUACAUGUGAAAGUUGUAGACCAUUACACUCGGUAGAACAAGAAGACAUCCCUUCCAAUAACACAAACCCCCGUUGCCAUCCUCCUUGCACAACUUGUUCAUCUUCUCAGAGGACCUGUCAUCCUUCAUGGACAAACUGUGAGCGUUCAAACAUUAAUUGCAUACAUCCAAAUAUAAGCAGUGUGCAUUCAAGGUUACUCCCCACUGAGAGUGCUGGACACCCAUAUGCUCCUCCCCAAGUUACUCCGUAUCUGCAGCAAAAUAAUCACUUUGUGCGUCAGAAUGAACACCUAAUGCAGAGACAAGACAGGUUCUCUCAAGAUGGACCAAACUGGGUACCCCGUGGACACCCCAUAUCCCAUGAUGGACACAACAUAAUGCGUCAUGUUCCUCAGAAUGUAGUUGUGCCACCGUGUCCACCGUGUCCACCUCACCCACCCGCUCACUAUAGUACAUCAACAGUACAGCUACCAUACUACCAAGGCAGUUCCCUAAAAACCCCAGUCACCCAUGUCUCUACUCAGCCUGGACCAGAAACUGGUGCCAUUCCAAAACAGCCCAGUCAACGUGUUGAUGAAUCUGAAGGCAGUUCACUGUCCCCUCUCACAUCACAGAGUUAUGUUGAUAACAGGCAGUGUUUACCAAGAAAUUUGUAUCAGCAGUUCUAUCCAUCCCCUGGUCGAAAAGAACCGCCGACUCAAGCAAAUGAUUCUGACAACUACUGUAGACUUUUGCCUGAGGUGAAUGAUUUAGGGAAAGACAAUGUGAUGAGACCAGUAAGGACAAACCAGUGUACUUGUCCACCGUAUGUCAGGCCUCAGUAUACACCAUCAAUACCAGCUGGUGAGUAUCAGAACAGGUCACAAAUUAGUUUCAUACCUCCUUCAGACAGUGAAGAAGAUGAUUCUGAUGAGACUAAGUUACUUGAAGUAGUUGAGAGUUCCAGUUGUAAUCGGUCACAGUUGACAUUUCAAUCUCCAACCAAGAAUGGUCCAUCAAGUACCAGACAGUCAAGUAACAAGGCUGAUGCUGAGCGUCGUUACUCCGAUCCACCAGAUAAUUUUCCACCCUCAAGUCCCUUUGACAAUGGCGUGAGGCGAUCCAUUAGCGACGAUGAAUUAAAAUGUAGCCUCAGCCCUGCAGAACCUGUCUACUUGCAUAAAGUACAAAAUCCAAUCAAGCUAUUCCUUACAUUUGCUGAUGACAGUGAAGAACACUUGGAAGAAGUUCUUGAUUUGGGUAAACUGCUAAAAGAAAUGGGCUACAGUGUGAAAUGUGACAUGUUUGACCAAACCAUUCAAAAACUGAUCUCCGACCCUGGUUCUAGGGAGGUACAACAGAGCAUGCAGCAGUUCUUCAGUAAUUCCCAUGACUGGCUGGAUGACCAGAUCCUUAACGCUUCUUACCUGGUCUUCUGUAUCUCACCAAAGUACUUUCAGUAUGUUAGACCACAGGAGGAGAUAUAUGGAAACAGCACUGCUCAUAGUGUUGGAAGUGCCCGCAGUUUGACGGAGAUGGCCCAGCCUAACAGCUGCCACCUCCAUACAAAGUACAUUUACAACCAAGCAUGCAGUGAACAUUUACAAAAACUUACACAAAACAAAAGGUUUUUUCCAGUCUUAUUUCAGAAAUCUGGGGCUACCCAACAUCACAUUCCGAACAUUUUUAAGUCAACUUGGAUUUUCAACUAUCCUGAUCCCAAAAAAUCGCUGCUGACAUAUCUCAGCAACCAGUUCAAAGAAAGAACCAUGCAGUAGGUGUCUAUCAUCUCCUCAUGCCAAAACUGGGGAGGGGAUAACAAGCUGUUUGUCUGCAUGUCCAUAAUUGUUCCCCUUUCGUCUUCGCUGUAGCAACCUCAUUUUUAAUCAUAUUUUGAUCAAACAUCAUAUAAUGGUCAAGUAUGAGAAUAACUGGAACAAGUUUGUAUUUAUGGGUGCUAAGGUCAUUAUUAAGGUCACGGUUACUAUUUAUAUAAAAUAUUUGUCAGCAUACUAGUGACUUCCUCAUUUAAUGCAUUUUAAUCUAACUUCAUAUAUUUAUUGUAAUUGGUCAAGUAUGAGAAUGUAUGAGAAUACAAGGUAUCUCAAACGAACUCAUUUUUCAAGGUCCCAAGGUCAAUGAUAAGGUCACUGUUAUCAUUUAAAGGAAAUCCAGUUUUUUCAUCCUUCAGGUGAUUUGAUUUUGAUAUAUUAUGGUUCAAUUGCAUCCAUGAAAAUAUUCUUACAUAAUGUACGUGUGCUGAUUAAAUUUUAUGAAGAAAAGAAAAUGCAUAUAGAUACUGCAUGUAUAAUUAUAUUGAUAACCAGGAGUGUAAUGUGACUAUAGACAGUGCACUGUUGGAGGGAUUAAUCACGAUAUACCUUGGUACACUUUUAUCUAAUAACACCCUUAUCAGCAUCACGACAGCUUAUGUAAUUAGCCUCAGGCUAGCUAGUAGGCUUAUUGUAGAAUAAUUUCAUAUUUUGGUAGGUACAGUUCAGGUAUAUGCUUUGCAGCUAGUAGGGAUUUGUAUCGCGCCUCGAUCCCUGGUGGUGAAAAUUUUAAAUAAAAUACCUGUUUACUAGUUAA